UCCGCCGCAGGACAGUGUGAACACCCUCAGUGUGAUUCAGUCAUUGUGAUGAGUUACAGGUAGACAUCAGGGUGCACUGAAUCUCAUGGGUCCACAUUGACCGACAGCCUACGGACAGCCCCCCUCAGUCUCAGGUGGAAGGAACCAGGAUGGCUUGGUGAUGGCUUUUAAGUGGAAUCAACGAUAACUCAGGAGAUUCCUCCCAAAUCCCACCCACCCAUAACACUCCAAGGCCCAUAUAGCCUACGUGGACGCGCAGCGCGAGUGCACGCACGGUACGACUUGCAGCCGAUUGUAGGCGAGAAGAAAAAGGCGAGAGAGAGAGGGAGAGCGGCGCAGAGAGGAGCUGUGGGAGGAGGGCGACGUGACCGGAGGACUCACAACAGAAGCUCUCAGGACUACGGCAGAGAGAGAGAGAGGGAAGGGAAACAGAAAAAAAAACUGGAUCAUAUCUACAGCAGAUUUGGAGAUCUGAGGAGCCGGAUACGUGGUGCGGACUGUUACGCACGACAGCGUUUUCCUCUGCGGUGAAAUCAGCCUGAGUUUUUCGGACAGGAGACGCGCGGCUUGCCUGCUCUUCCUCGUCAGAAAAAAAGAGGGUUUAUAGCGGGGAAGGUUAACGGAGCAGCGGACUGGAGACACAGUGGAGGAGUUGGGAUGUCCUGAGUCAGUCCUCCGGGCCCAGAGAGCGGUGUGCUGAUGGGACCUGCUGCGCCACCAUGAGCUUACAAGAUGGCGGCUGCAGCUACGCCAGCAGCGCCAACAUGGCCACCGCUAGUGGCAGCAUGCGGCGGCGCCUGGAGGACCAGGAGUUCACCCUGCGCGUCUACCCGGGCGCCCUGGCUGAGGGCACCAUCUACUGCCCCGUCAGCGCCCGCAAGAACACCACAGCUGCUGAAGCCAUCGAGUGCCUCAUCGACCGGUUGCGCCUGGAGCGGACCAAAUGCUACGUGUUGGCCGAGGUGAAGGAGUUUGGCGGGGAGGAAUGGAUCCUGAACCCUGGUGACUGCCCUGUCCAGCGGAUGAUGUUAUGGCCGCGAAGCGCCCUGGAGAAUCGCAGCGGUCUUUGCAGCGGCGACGAUUACCGCUUCCUCCUGCGGGAGAAGAACCUGGAUGGAUCUAUCCAUUACGGCGGCAGCCUGCAGAUGUGGCUGCGGGUGACUGAAGAGCGUCGGCGCAUGGUGGAGCGGGGUUUCCUCCCCCAGCCUGCAGGGAGCGACCCUCCGUCCGACCUGUGCGCUCUCCCAGAGCUGACAGAGCGUGCCCUUUUAGAAAGCCUUCGUGCACGUUUCCGCCAGGAGAAGAUCUACACGUACAUUGGGAGUAUUCUUAUUGUGAUUAACCCGUUCCAGUUCCUGCCCAUCUACAACCCCAAAUAUGUCAAAUUGUACGAUAACCACACACUGGGGAAGCUGGAGCCCCACAUUUACGCUGUGGCGGAUGUGGCGUAUCACGCCAUGCUGCAGCGGAGGAAGAACCAGUGCAUAGUGAUUUCUGGUGAGAGCGGGUCGGGGAAGACCCAGAGCACUAACUUCCUCAUUCAUCACCUGACCGCACUCAGCCAGAAGGGGUUCGCCAGCGGCGUGGAGCAGAUCAUCCUGGGAGCCGGGCCUGUGCUAGAGGCCUUUGGGAACGCCAAGACGGCCCACAACAACAACUCCAGCCGCUUCGGCAAGUUCAUCCAGGUCAACUACCAGGAGAGCGGCACUGUCAGGGGAGCCUAUGUGGAGAAGUACCUGCUGGAGAAAUCACGUCUGGUGUACCAGGAGCACAAUGAGAGGAACUACCAUGUGUUUUACUACCUGUUGGCUGGAGCCAGUGAAGAGGAGAGGAAGACCUUCCACCUGCUGAAACCUGAGGAAUACCACUACCUCAACCAGAUGACAAAGAAAUCGCACAAGCUCCACUGGGACAAUUACUAUGAGAGCGAGCUGCAGGACUGCUUCACAGUGGAGGGAGAGGAUCUGAAACACGACUUUGAGCGGCUGCAGCUGGCCAUGGAGAUGGUCGGCUUCCUGCCUGCCACACGCAAACAGAUUUUCUCCCUGCUGUCGGCGAUCCUCCACCUGGGAAACAUCCGCUACAAGAAGAAGACCUACAGGGACGAUUCAAUCGACAUCUGCAACCCAGAGGUGCUGCCCAUCGUCUCGGAGCUGCUGGAGGUGAAAGAGGAGAUGCUGCUGGAAGCGCUGACGACCAGGAAAACUGUGACCGUCGGAGAGAAGCUCAUCGUGCCCUACAAACUUGCUGAGGCGGGCACGGUGAGGGACUCCAUGGCCAAGUCCCUGUAUAGCGCGCUGUUUGAUUGGAUUGUGUUCAGGACCAACCACGCCCUCCUAAACAACAAGGAUCUGGAGGACAGUUCUAAGAUCCUGUCCAUAGGAGUCCUGGACAUCUUUGGCUUUGAGGAUUAUGAGAACAACAGCUUUGAACAGUUCUGCAUCAACUUCGCCAACGAACGACUCCAGCACUACUUCAACCAACACAUCUUUAAAUUAGAGCAGGAGGAGUACAGGGCAGAGGGCAUCACCUGGCACAACAUCGACUACAUCGACAACAGCGGCUGCAUCAACCUCAUCAGCAAGAAGCCCACAGCUCUGUUCCACCUGCUGGAUGAGGAGUGCAAUUUCCCCCAGGCCUCCAAUCAGACCUUGCUGGACAAGUUCAAGCGUCAGCAUGAAGGAAACAGCUACAUCGAGUUCCCUGCUGUCAUGGAGCCCGCCUUCAUCAUCAGACACUACGCUGGGAAAGUCAAGUACGGGGUCAAGGACUUCAGGGAGAAGAACACUGACCACAUGCGUCCCGACAUCGUGGCCCUGCUGAAGAGCAGCAAGAACGCCUUCAUCUGCGGCCUGAUGGGAAUCGACCCCGUGGCGACUUUUCGCUGGGCCGUGCUGCGAGCUUACUUCAGAGCCCUGGUGGCUUUCAGGGAGGCCGGCCGCAGACACACCCACAAAAAAACUGGGAAUGAUGCAGCAGUUCCCUGUGCUGUUGUGAAAACCGUUGACAGCUUCAGUUUCCUCCACCACCCGGUUCACCAGAGGAGCCUCGAGAUCCUUCAAAGAUGCAAAGAUGAGAAAUACAGCAUCACUAGAAAGAAUCCGCGCACUCCUUUAUCUGAUCUUCAAGGCACCAACGCCCUGAAUGAGAAAGCCAGCUGGGAUGGCUACGGUGUUGGCUGUAACGGUCGCAGCUCCAGGUCGAGUCGCCUCUCCUCGACAGGAAGUCCCGCCCUGGAAGAGGACGGGAUCUUCCUCAACUCGACCAACAGCAAGCUCCUGGAGAGAGCUCAGGGUAUCCUACUGAGAAACAAAAACUGCAAAAGCAAGCCGACCCUUCCCAAGCACUUGUUGGACGUCAAGUCUCUGCGCUACCUGAGCAGCGUGACGCUGCACGACCGCAUCACCAAAUCUCUGCUUCACCUGCACAAGAAGAAGAAACCACCCAGCAUCAGCGCACAGUUCCAGGCGUCUCUCAACAAACUGAUGGAGACUCUUGAUCAGUCAGAGCCGUAUUUCGUCAAGUGCAUUCGAUCCAACGCUGAGAAGCUGCCGUUACGUUUCAACGACAGUCUGGUGCUCAGACAGCUCAGAUACACAGGAAUGCUGGAAACCGUCCGGAUCCGCCAAUCAGGAUACAGCAUCAAGUACACCUUCCAGGACUUUGUGCGUCACUUUCAUGUGCUGCUGCCUCGAGGCACGAGUCCGACCAAGUCUGGAGUCAGGGAGUUCUUCAGACGGAUCCACCUGCUGCCGGCUGGGUAUCAAGUGGGCAACACCAUGGUUUUCCUGCGGGAGGCGGAGCGUCAGCGACUACAGACUCUCCUCCAUCAGGAGGUCCUGCGGCGAAUCGUCACGCUGCAGCGCCGCUUCAGGGCCGUCCUGGAGAGGAAGCACUUUGUCAGCAUGAGACGAUCUGCUUGUGCCAUCCAGCGAUGGUGGCGAUGCUGCCUCCUCAAACAGUCCACCAUCGACUCGGGCAUUGAGGAGGAAGCGGCGGUUUGUCUGCAGGCGGCCUGGAGGAGCUUCGCGGAGCGCAGGAGGUUCCUGCAGUGGCGGGACUCCGCCGUCGUCAUACAGAGGAGCUGGAGAAACUGCUGCCAUCGCAGAUCAGUAGCAGCUGUGACGGUCCAAUCAGCCUGGAGAGGAUUCAGAGAGAGGAGCCGCUACUGUCGGACGCACAGCACUGUGACGCAGCUGCAGGCGCUGGGCAGAGGAUACCUGUCUCGACUCAGGUUCAGAGAGCUGAAGGAGCAGCAUGAAACACAGAGACUCAGCGGACAGCAGAGUCCACCAGCAGAGGUGGAUGCAGGAACCAUGGAGGACCUCACCACAUCGGGACAGGAGGAUCAUGCCCAGGACGUCUCUGCAGAACUCUCUGAAGACUCUAAACCAGUUUCGUUGGAUGUGGGAGAGACUGAGAGAGAGGAGGACUCGGAGCGCUGUAGGAGCACGGAUGAGACGAGUCAUAAGAACCGGUCCAAACGAGAGAGCAGACGGAUGAGAGAGCUGGAGCAGGCUCAGUUCAGCUUGGAGCUCCUGAAGGUCCGGACCACCAGUGUGGGAGGUCCUGUGCAAGAGGACUCAGUCCCAGACAGCAGCUGCUCUCAGCUGGAGGAGCCUCACAGACACUCGCCCCGAGGAUCCCCAACCAGUCAUGGCAGUUUUGAACUGCUCAGUGUAGAGGACAUGGAGACUGAAGGCCCUGGUAUUGGUUCCCAGUCGACAGCCCCUCAAGAACAAACCCAAGCUGUAGAUACUGAGCUACACGAGGGGCUGAGAGAUUCAAACUACAAUGAAAAGCCUGUGACAGAGGGUCCCAGGGCAACGUUUUAUAUUUCUUCUGACCAAAGUCCAAUUCAUGAACCAAAAUUCGAAAGCCCCAGCAAAUCUUACAAAGAGAGGCGGGAGUCCACAUCGCGAAGGCCGGUAGUGGUUUUAAUCAGUAUGCAGAAGGAGAGCCCAGUGGAUGAGGGGGAGCUGCUGGCAGCCCAAACCCUAGAACGAGCUCCUCAAACAGGAGAAGCGUCAUCCAGCUCUCAAAUGACACCCAUUGUCGGCUUAGAGGUGGUAUCAGAGAUGGAGCAGGCUCAUGGGACCGCUAUACAAGCCAUAAAAGACGUGGAUAAGUCCUCUAAGGUCCCCUCUUCAACCGCUCAUGGAUCAAGUCCAGAUGGGAUUUGCUCCUCGGAGGUGGACAUCCAGAUCAUCCUGGAGCCCAAGCCUCCGGUCCCCCCCGAUCAGCAGGAGAGCAAGGUGAUCCAGCCUGCGCAAGAGGCCCCCAGCCCGAUCCUGGAAACCAAACCCCCCAAAGCCCAGAAGAAGAGCUCAGCCCAGACUGUGAUUGUGAACAUGGUGGAGAAACCGUCCAACACUGUGUUCUCCCCACCCAGGCGCAAGCUGCCCUUCUCCAAGUCAGAUAAGGAUUUGGUGAACCAGGAAAGAUCUCUAGCCAUGUUCAGAGAUGACUCUAAAUCUGCUGGAUCCAGAAACAGAGAGGUGGGCCGUCCAGGCCCCAAAAAGAAAGCUCGAAUGUCGCGGACGCGCUCCGACUUCCUCACCCGCUGUAACUCUGAGGGGGCGACCCAGUCAGACGACGACGACGAAUACUACAUCCGAGCCCACUCCCGCACGCUGCCCCCCUUCCUGUCUCCCCCACACACCCACCCCGAGGCUGACUGUCACAGUGACUCAGAGAUGCCUUCUCACAAAGACCAGAAGAAGAUCCAUAAGACCAUGUCAUCAGGAGACCUGGGCAAAGUGGAGGUCCUCAGGAAAACAUCCAGUCAAGAUGGAAGCAGGAUGAGAGGGAAGAUGCGAUUCUGGAGUAAGACGAAGCACGGAGAGAAGAAACUGUCCAGAGAGAAGCAGGCGAGCAGGAGUGAAGCUGGAGAGACACAUGAAGGCCCGUCUCCCCCUCACAGUCCGGACCUGGAGGCGGCUCCCUCUCAGGGGGUGAGGGACAGUAAGGAGAACAAGGAGCCGUCUCCCAAGAUGAGGAGGCGUCGCAGCGUGAAGAUCAGCAGCAUCGCUCUGGAGCCCGCCCAGUGGCAGAACGACGCCCUGCACAUCCUGACGUCGGCCCACGACUACCGCAGCAUGAACGACUUCCUCAUGAAGAAGAUCGCUGACCUGGAUUCUGAGGACAGUAAGAAGGACACCAUGGUGGACGUCGUCUUCAAGAAGGCGCUGAAGGAGUUCAGGAUCAACAUCUUCAACUCGUACUCCACUGCUCUGGCCAUGGAUGAUGGGAAGAGUAUCCGUUACAAGGACCUUUACGCCUUGUUCGAGCACAUCCUGGAGAAGACCAUGCGUCUGGAGCAGAGAGACUGGAGCGAGUCGCCAGUGAAGGUGUGGGUCAACACCUUUAAGGUCUUCCUGGAUGAAUUCAUGACCGAGUUCAAGCCCAUGGAGGGAACCAUCGGCAGGGCUCCUAAACGUGAGCGCAAGAAGUCGAGGAAGAAGGAAACUGACAUUGUGGAGGAACACAAUGGCCACAUCUUCAAGUCCACCCAGUACAGCAUCCCCACCUACUGCGAGUACUGCUCCUCCCUCAUCUGGAUGAUGGACCGAGCCUGCGUCUGCAAACUGUGUCGCUACGCUUGCCACAGGAAGUGCUGCUCCAAGAUGACGACCAAGUGCAGUAAAAAGUACGAUCCGGAGCUGUCGUCUCGGCAGUUUGGCGUGGAGCUGUCCCGUCUGACCAGCGAGGAGCGAACGGUGCCGCAGCUGGUGGAGAAACUCAUCAACUACAUCGAGAUGCACGGCCUCUACACAGAGGGGAUCUACAGGAAGUCGGGCUCCACCAAUAAGAUCAAAGAACUCCGUCAGGGGCUGGACACAGAUGUGAACAGUGUGAACCUGGACGACUACAACAUCCACGUCAUUGCUAGUGUUCUCAAGCAGUGGCUGCGUGACCUGCCCAGCCCUCUCAUGACCUUUGAACUGUACGAGGAGUUCCUCAGGGCCAUGGGUCAGCCAGACAAGCGGGAGGUGAUCCGAGGGGUGUAUUCUGUGAUCGACCAGCUCAGCAGGACACACCUGAGCACACUGGAGCGCCUCAUCUUCCAUCUGGUCAGGAUCGCCCUGCAGGAGGAGACUAACAGGAUGUCAGCCAACGCCCUCGCCAUCGUGUUUGCUCCCUGCAUCCUUCGCUGCCCCGACACCAUCGACCCGCUGCAGAGCGUCCAAGACAUCAGCAAAACCACUGCGUGUGUGGAGCUGAUCAUCAACGAGCAGAUGAGAAAGUACAAAGCUCGUCUGAAGGACAUCAACAGUCUGGAGUUUGCAGAGAGCAAAGCCAAGAGCAGACUGACCCACAUCAGGAAAUCCAUGAAACCUGUACUAAUUGCUGUUAGGUUUAUGAGCAUAACCCGCACUGCCACCCCGCCUAACACAGCUAAACUUAAGAGCAAAAGCCGUGUUCGACAAAACAGCGGGCACACGGCCUCGCCUCCUCAGAGCCCCCGAGUGCCUCCUGAGGUAGAUGGAGAGAGUGCAGGAGGCGGAGGAGGAGGAGGAGAGGAUGCAGCAGAGGCUGGGCUGAACGAGCAGCAGCAGCUGGCAAUGCAGCAGGAGGAGCGAAUCCUCACCGAGCAGAUCGAGAGUCUGCAGAAAGAGAAGGAGGAGCUGACGUAUGAGAUGUUGAUCUUGGAGCCGCGGGCGUCCGACGAUGAGACUCCUGAAUCUGAGGCCUCCAUCGGGACAGCAGACAGCUCUGAAAAUAUCACCAUGGAGACCAAGGGAGCCACCUCAGACCCCUCUGACCGCGGCACGUAUCGCUCCAGGAAGUCGGAGACAAAGAGCAGACGAGCUCUGCGCCGUCAGCCGGACUCCCAGGACUCCGCAGACUCCACCUCCACCGUCUCCUCCUCCUACCACCCCUCCUCCUCGCUCUCCUCUAAUGCCUCCGGCUCUCCGUCCCCUCACUACCGGUUCCGCUCCUCCUCCUCCGGGCCCCUGCUCACCUCCUGUGGCUUGGGGGCCCCAUUGGCCGAGGCGGAGGGGGGUCACAGAACCGGCAAGACCCAGCACAGGCUCAGGCUGAGCCGCAGCUCACCACGCGAGCCCUCGGGAAGCCACAGGAGGGAGUCGGACUUCAGCUCGGGGCCACAGCAGCUGGUUCUGUACGGCAGCAACGAGUUCAUGGUGUGAAGCCGAGGAGGGAAGGAACGCCAGCCGACGCCUGUUCAAGCGCAGGAGGGUGGCCGAGAAGGGGAGGAGGGAGAGUCCGGGGUUGGACGAGGCCGGUCACAGGGCGAAGUUCAUGCCCAGUGUUGCCUGCUGCCCCUCCUCAGUGCCCACCCCCCUCCUCCCCUGGUCCAGUCAAAGCAGAAAGCUGCUUGAAUCAAAGAAGAGAAGACUGGACAUAUUCAACAGAGGGACAAAACAACAGAUGGUCAAAGGAGGAAGACUGACGACUAAUGUGAAAAACAGAAACAGAGCGAAGCGAAAAGUUAGUUGACCCUCUGAUCUCAGUGCUGUUUGACCCCCGCUGGAGCACCGGGGGUCGGUUAGAGGAGAGAGAAGAAGAAGAAGAAGGGAAGGACGAGUGGUGAGACACAGAGGAAAAACCCACACCUGCAAAGCCAAAUCUUACAGUGCCCUGUCUUUAUUUUUUAGCAUGUGGGCAGGUGGUCAAAGCCACCCAGAAGAAAUGUAGCCAUACGACUGAACUGGUGGACGUGUUGUCUGUAACCAGCGCCAAGCUAGUCUGCUUCUCACGUUUACACAGGACACACCAGCCAAGAGGCUGCAUGCUUCUCCAUCACACUUUUUCCUACGUCAGUUUGAAGAAACUGUACAAAAAUAUGUCACAACUGUAUGUUACAUAUUAUUAUUAUUAUUAUUAUUAUUAUUAUUGUUAUUAUUAUUAUUAUUAUUAUUAUUAUUAUUAUUAUUAUUAUUAUUAUUGUUAUUAUGUUACAGAGGAAAAAAGUGUACAUAGGAAGAAACUCCAGUGCUGCUCUUGGGUCAUUCAUUGUUGAUUAGUCUCUAUUUCCUGUUCUUUGCAAAGUGAAGUGUCUCGUUCCUCUUUGUUUCUGUGCUGGUUUCGUUCACUUACAUGAUUUUUCUUCUUUUUUUUUUUUUUCCUUAUUUCACAUUGAACAGAGCCAGUUCUGGGUGUCCUCGGGUUACACUCUUGAGAAAUAAUAGAAGGAAAAGCUGUCGAUCUGUGCUACGUGUCAGAUGUCCCGCGUCCUCGACGUGAGGUGUCAAAUGCCAGUCAGCUAUAUGUGAAUUGUAUCUGCCUUUCCCUGCAGGCUUUCUUAAGUUUUUCCUUCUGUUUUAUUCAGAAACAUCAGUGUUACUUUGUCAGGACUUGAAUUUUUUUUAAUAUAUAUUAUUGCUGUAUUAUAGGUGUUGUUUUUGAUAUCAAAGAUGUCAUGUUUUUGUUGUCAAUGGUUUAUUUUUGUUCACAUGAAAGCCAUUUUUUCUUUCCCAUGUAUGGGUGUGUGUGUCUGAAUGAAUGAGUGAAUAAUUCCUGCCAUUGUAUCAGCUCCCACUUUGUGCACGUGUAGUCGUCUCUGCAAACACAUAUACACACUAGUGUUUCCCGGUAAAACAUUAUUCUUACGUGGGUGGAAAAUCUCUGCAGCCAUCACGUGACACUAAAACUAACCCAGACUUAGGAAAUAUUUCAUCAGUCUGAGUUUCAUUGCACCUGUGGGGAAACUCUUGCACUCACCAACUCACCCAAACCGUCCAUGUUGUCCUCUGAGCCAUCCAAAACACUUUCUUCUUCUUCUUCUCCUUCUUCUUCUUCUUCUUCUUCUUCUUCUUCUUCUUCUUCUUCUCGUUUAACAAUCAUAAACGUAGCUCUUCCAUCCUCUACUCCUCCGGCUCUGGCUGUGAAAAGUAGCAUUUAAUCUGCAAGCAAGUAGCACCUAACUCAGACCGUCCUCGUGUUUCUGCAUAAUCUUACUCUCUUUCUGUCUCUGUCCAUACAGUAGCAGUGUAAUAUUCAGUUUCAUGGGCCUACUCAGUAGCUUAACAGCAAUGAUGUCUCCGUACUAAAGCUGCAAUAUCUCUCCUCGCUUGCUGCGUCUGUGAUCAGAUACUUUUUUGGGCGACCUUUGCUCCGAUCUCACCAACACAGUCAGUGUUAAUCAACUUUUCCUUGAAGCUGGAAGACUCAGUGAAGACUGUGCUGAUCUCAGUUUUACUGCAGGUGUGGAGACUUGGCAAUGUGUCAUCUUUUUAUAGCAUUAAGUGUAGACCUGUUUAGAAGAAAAAACAACAGUUUCAGAGGUGAACUGAAAGGACAAACUGAUUCCAGGUCAAAUAUCUUUAAGCUGGUAUUUGAAGGGAUGGUAUUUGUACAUGUCCAGGCUGUCUAUAUGGCAUUCUGCAAAAAACAUUAUAAAAAAAAAAAGAAAAAAAAGAAAAAAAAGUGAAUGUACCUGUCACUGGAAAGCAUGCUCUGCUUUCUCUGGUUGUUUUUGUUCCUCUUUUAUACACAGUGUAUGUACUAUUUAUGAUCAUGCGUUUGGGGUGUACAUUGGUUUAAAAGAAUCUGUUAUAAAAGGUGUUAUAAAAGGAUAUAUUAUCCUGUGUACGGUUCAUUAUCUACUAUUAAUCAUGGCAACAUUUUAACAGGCCACACUCGGUCUGUCAUGUUUGUGCUACGAAGCGGAGAAAAAAAAGAAAAAAGUGUUGUGUCUCUCUGUCUGCGCCACUCUGGACACGGUUAUGUAUAAGGUGCAAUUUGUGUUAUAUUUCUUUUUUUAAUGAUACAAACAUGUCUAUGGUUGUAAGAAAAAAAAAGACUUUAUGGGGGAAAAUUCAUCUGCUUAUUAAAAAAGCAAAACUGCAGCCAAA